AUGGAGGAGGAGGAGGAGGAGGAGGAAGAAGGUGUCCUUCCUCACCUCCCUGUACAAACCUGGACGACAGUCUCAUUCAUGGAGGAGGAAGAUGGUGCCUUUCAUCACCUCCCUCUACGAACCUGGACUAGAAAUGAUCACGAGGCAGAAACGAGUGCAAAGAAGCCAAUGGAUACACUUCGUGGGAAAGCAAUUAUGGAUUCCCGAGACGAUGACUCUCACAGCACAACCAUUUCUGGGGACAACUUCAACGAUUUUUGUGAAUGGCAGGAUGAGGUCAGACAUGGAAGACGUGAUUGGGUUCUUGAAAACGAAUUAUACAGCACUGGUGCUGAGCCGCAACGUACAGAUGACGAGCUAAGAGAAAAUUUGGAAGCCGUAGAGGAGACGUUAAGAUGUCUAGCCGACAAAGAUUUGCAAUACCUGACGAUCCAGAUCAGAAAGAUACCUAAGCAAGCAUUGUUUGAUGCACUUCGAGAAUGUGCAGACGUCAGGAGGUACCAAUUGCUACAGUUAGCAGAACAAUUGAGGGGCAGAAUCGCUGAUAGGUUUGAAGGAGCAGAGCAUUUAAUACAAGUUAGGAUGGACCUGGACGCUCGGGCUAGGAGAUUGGAGUGGGAGAGGAGUGAAGUCCAAAUUAGUUUGGAGAAAGAACUGGAGAGGAGGUCGAUCGACUACUCCAUGAAGCUUAAAAUGCUUCUGGUGGAUGAACAGGAGCUUAAGAAACAGGUGAGGGAACUGGAAGAGCAAAGCGCAUCACUCCAGCGUGAGAUUUCUUGGCUUGGAGGCGGUGGCAAGCAAAACCAAGUUACGACUGCGAAUUCUGAGAUGGAGAUCACUGACCUGAAGGCUGCUGUGGAGGAACUGAGAACGGAGAAUGGCAAGCUUCGGAAAGACUCGUCGGAGUUGCAGGAGAAGCUCGAUGCGAGUGAAGAAGACCGGCGACGUAUCGCACGAUGCUUCUGCGAGAAAGAAAAGGAGAAUAACGAGUUGCAGAAGUUGGUUGCGAGUCUGAAACAAGAAUGCGACGAACAAGAGAGGACUAUUGGUGGUUUGAGAUUAGGGUAUAACAACGAAGUCGAAAGCAGACCGACAGACGAGAAUGAUCAGCUAAGCAGACUGCAGAUGGAGCAGCUAAGGUUGACGGGGGUCGAACAGAAGCUGAGGAAGGAGUUGGAGACUUGCAAGCAUGAACAGGAGAAACUUAGACACGAGAACAUUGGCCUGUUGAGUCGUUUGCAAGAUGCUGGAAAUGGCGGUGACGUCUCAUGGAUUAAGCUGGACCAGGAGCUUCGUGCUCGAGUAGAUUGCUUGCAGACCGAGGGCUUGUCCUUGCUCGGCGACCUAUUAGGACUCCUCGACAGCCAACGAGUCGAACAAAAGCAGGAGCCCAGAGAUGACACCAGUGGACAUUUACCUGUUGAUUACACCAUCAGAAACCAAAGCUUGAGUAGAAGACAUGAAAAUUUCAGAAUUAGUCUACAAACUGUAGCAAAAAUUUUAGAUGAGAAGUCACUGCCUGCAGAAGGUAGCAGCAUGUCGAAGCAAUCAGAGGCUGAAUUAGAAAUCAAACAACUGGAGACUGAGUCCCAAGAGUACACAGAGGAGCUAACUGCAGCUCGAAGUAUGCUUUCAGAGGUGACUGAGCAGAGAAACCAGAUGUGGGAAGAAGUGAAGAAAUCAAAAGAGAACAUUAUGCUUAUUGAUGAUGAAGUAGCUACUCUAAAAAAGAAGACGAAAGAACUCAAGGAGGACAUUCUUACCGAGGAGGGGCAGAUUGCUGAUCUGAGAGAUGAUGUUGCUUCUCUCAAAAAGAAGACGGAAGAACUCAAGGAGGACAUUCUUACCAAGGAGGGGCAGAUUGCUGAUCUAGAAGAUAGCCUGGAGAAACCUUUUGACCUCAUUUGUAGUUCUACAUCAGUGGAAGAGUCUCAACAGAAAUAA